AUGCGUCUCAUUACGUCAUCUCUCGUGUUCGUGCUAGCGCCGACUCCUGCCUCUGCUUGGUCCUUCUGGUCUUUGAAUGGCAUGGAUGGCACUAAAGAUGCGAGUCCAGCUGAUCGAUUCGACGGAGCUGACGUUGAGCCUCGGCCGCCUUUGCUCGACGCCAAUAGCUGGUUCCUCACGAAAGAAGAGAUCACGGUCUCGCGCGGCGGUAUCCCAAGAGACGACUUGUCGGUGUACACGACGGGCAACAAGAUUUCUUCCUACACGGUGACGAAUGAAUUUUUUAAUGCAGUGUACGACGAUCUUACUGCGACGAAGGCGGGAGACAGGGUCAUGAUAGCUGCCUGGGUGCUGACUCAGGUGCCACUGAAACCUGACGUUGAUCCAAAUGGAGUGACAAGUGGUAUCAAGGAAGUGCUGGCUGAUGUAGUCGGGCGCGGUGGCAAUGUCAAUAUCCUCAACUGGGCCACGAUCGCACCCGGAUACUCUGAUGAAAACAUCAAGGUGCGCGAUGCCAUUAACAGCAUUCCGCCGUCUCCGAUAAAUGGUGCAAAGGCAGUAUUCAUCUUUGACGACCGUUAUCCCAACCCUUUGACAUCACACCACCAGAAGAAUCUGGUUAUUGCAGCGAACCGCUCGACGGAUUCGAACGAGCAGCCGGUGGCUUAUGUGGGAGGAAUGGAAUUUGCUUACGAUCGAUGGGAUACGCUCUUCCACAACAGCUCUGACGCCCGCGAAGCUGCCGGGAUCAGUCGGAUGGGUGAUGGAUGGAUAGACGGACACAUUCGAGUCCAUGGUCCUGCCGCCAAGGACGUGGCCAGUAGCUUUGUGACCCGGUGGAACUCGGACUAUUUACCAUGUCAAGGUAUCGACGACACUUUUCGAGGUUUUGGAAACCCGAAGUACGAGCACAUCCUCCCGCUCGACUACGCCAGUAGCAAUAUCACAGGCUCUUUGGGCAACCAAAGCGUUCAGAUCACACGAACCUACAGCUGCUUGUACGACCACUACGAAUUUGCUCCGAAGGGUGAAAUAUCGCUGCUUUGGGCCCGUAUCAAAGCCAUCAAGAAUGCCAAGAAUUUUAUAUACAUCGAAGACCAGUACUUCAUUUUGGUACCGGAGCUUCUCGAUGCUAUCAUGCAGGUCAUGCCGACAAUUCAGCGCCUGGUCGUGAUCACGGGUCCGCAAAAUGACUUUGCGGGGUACGCCAAUUUUUUGUACGAAAACGUCGAACCCAUUCGCUCGAAAUAUCCGAACAAGAUUAAGAUCUACACUCCUAAGGCUGAUUUAGAGAUUAUACUUCAUUCAAAACUUUUGAUAAUCGACGACGUGUUCCUGUCCAUCGGUUCGGCGAAUUGGAAUCGCCGGAGCAUGACUUCAGACUCGGAGCUCAAUGCGGAAGUUGUGGACGGUGACUUGGUGAUGGCCCCAGAAGGAUUCAAUGUCGGCAAGUUGCCACGCAACUUUCGUAUCCGCAAGUUUCAAGAGAUGACCGGCCUGAGCUACGACAAACUGAAUGCUAUGACGUUUGUUGGGGCCUCAAAACAGUUGGCUCUCGCCGUUGCUGAUGGCACAUCAAUCUUGGUAGACAAUAAGAUAGAGCAUAAGGUGUAUUUCUUUACGAUUAUCGAUGCAAUAUGGAAGGGGGUUGAUCCGCAGGACACGUGCAAGUAA